AUGGCGAGCCGCCAGAAGUCCUUCUUCGAUCAAGAGCACGGCGCCCGGAAAUCGCGUCCCCAAUGGAACCGUGCUCGCAGCGUCAAUGACCUCCACAAGAAGCCCAGCCUCGACAAGCGCGAAUCUAUCAUGACCGGGCCCCCGAUCAAAGCAUCGUCUCAGUCAAGGAGGAAGCUGAAGGGCUUUCAAUUCAUCGAAGGAGCCCCCGAAUACGUCUCCGACAAAGAGAACAUGCCUCAGGACGACCCUUCCAAUGAUUUGCAGACCGGUGAUGAUGCCUCUGCAUCUGUUGCGCCAUCUAUCCAGCAGCCAAAGGCAUGUCCCGCAACCUCUGCUGCUCCCCGACACCCGCUAGGCGAUAUAGACGAGCCAUCAGAUUCGGUCAUCAAGCGCAUGCCUUCACCCGACGAGAUAGGAUGGGGUGCACCUACUCAGACCCAACACACGCCUAUUCAGAGGAACCUCAAGAGGAAGCGGAGGAAUUCUUCGCCAACUUCCGCCUCUCAGCGCGAGGCCAAAGGUGCACCGGUUCCGAAUAUAACGACCGAGACUCCUCGAGCAGAGCCCGGCCAAGCUUUGCUAGCCAAAUAUAGGAACGCAUUCAACCAAGAAACCCCUAGCAUGUCGCGCACUGCCGAUCUCAUAGGAGAGUCAUCACCCCGCGAUGGCUCCGUGAGUGGAUUGCGAAGGUACUACAGCUGCUUUGAAUGGUCCAGCACAAAUACCCGAAGGAAAAGGCCAAGGACAAGCGGAAUCUUCCGUGCACACUCAAAUGCAAAUGACAACAGGAACGCAGAUGUAGCUGGUGCUCAACCCAAGGCGCGCAGAAAUUGGCAAAGGAGUCUCGAGGAAAUCAGCCAGAUACUCGAAGAGCCAACGAGGCAGGACUCCAAUGUCCCUUCCAGCUCUGAGCCGAUGCCUGAAUUACCUGCUUUGCAAUCAUCAGCUCCGCCGCCAUCACCCUUGAACGGACGAGGCAAUUCGCGAGAGCCUGACAAGCAUGAUCUACACCCAGAGAAAGCGGACAAGUUGGACCGCGACACGUUUAUGCAGAAUGACUCGGAAGACGAAUUCGGCGAUUCAGACUUCGAUGACGACUUUCUGGAAGCGGCUGUUGCUGCGAUCUGUAAUACCCAGAAAGCACCGGAACUGGAGACGGAGGAUGCUCAUCACGAGACAUCUGCCAAGCAUGCAAUGACACCUCCACAGCCCCGUACCCCGGAAAAGAAACCGCGGAUCAAAGACUCUGACGACUUUGGGCUUGAAGGUCUCAGCGACAACGACUUUGCUGAUGCGAUCAAAGAUGUGGACUCUCCGUUGUCCAGGCCGACAACAGCCCAUGCGUCGGAACCACCACCACAGGACCAGGGUAGAAAGCCUGUGCAAGAUGUUUGUGUUGCUCAAGAUGAUGAUGAUGACAAGGACUCGUUCGAUGGUGGUGACUUUGACGAUGAAGAUUUCGAAGAGGCUGAAAAAGCAGCGACGCAGGCGGCGGUGUUUAGCGGGACAUCUGUCUUGGUGGUUGAGGAAGAGCAAACCAAAAAGGUCAAAGCCAUUACUCUUCGCGAAGAGUGGUGCGACACUCGUUGUACCAAGGGCUCUUACGUCCACGUCAUUGGUGCCUUCACGGCUGGCGGCCAGUGCACAGUAGAUAAUGGGCACAACAUGAUCAUCCUCCAUCCGGACCACCUCAUCUCAGCCACGACAGUCGGAGACUCUUUCAGUUGCAUGCGGAAAGCCGUAUUGCAAGAUCGCGUCAAAGCUACUAGUGAUGCAAACGAGUCUGCAAUGAUCGGCACUAUCCUGCACGAGAUUUUCCAGGAGGCGUUGAAAACGAAUCGGUGGGAUCACGAAUGGCUUCUUGAUCUCAUCCAGCGCACCAUUCCCAGAAAGUUUGAGACAAUUCUGGAGAUUGGUAUCACUGUCGAACACGUCAUUGAUCGCUUGGUCAGCAAGCUCCCACAUAUCCAGGCUUGGGCAAAGAUGUUCGUCAAAGCUUCCCCAGGCUCGGAUGCAGUAGUUAGAGAUCGAAAUGGCAAGAUGGCGCACAUGAGCGUCAACAAGCUUCUGGAAGUCGAGGAGCACAUCUGGUCGCCAAUGUAUGGACUCAAAGGCAACAUCGAUGCCUCUGUCCAAGUUCUCAUGCGCGACGAAUCCGGGGAGAAGACCCUCACUGUACCGCUUGAAUUGAAGACCGGAAAAGCCGUCAACGUAUCACACCAAGCCCAGACGGCGUUGUAUACACUGUUGAUGUCCGAUCGAUACGAUAUUGACAUUACAUACGGCGUUCUGUAUUAUCUGGAGAGUGCGGACACUAGCCGUGUUCCGGCAAUUCGCAACGAAAUUCGGCAGAUGAUUAUCCAAAGGAACGAACUCGCAUGCUACGUUCGGGAGCGAUUGCAGCUUCCUCCUAUGACAACCGACUCCCAUCAGUGUAACAAAUGCUAUGCUCAAGAGACGUGUUUCCUGUACCACAGACUCGCGGAGGAUGGCACGGGCGAGACGCUCGGAAUGCCAGCGAAGCAAAAAUUCGAAGAGCUAGUCCGGAAUCUCAAAGUCCCGCACCAGGAAUUUUUCCGGAAGUGGGACCUUCUUCUGACCAGAGAGGAGUCGCAGAUGAAGAGGUUUUGUCGUGAGCUUUGGACAAUGCUUAGCGAUGAGCGUGAGAAGCUGGGAAGGUGUUUCGCGAACGUCGUGGUUGACCCUGGCUCGUUCAAAUAUUUACCCGAAGGCCAGAAGAUCAACCAGUUCCAGUACAACCUCGUCAAGCACAAUGCUCCUGUUGGGUUCUCUUUCGCAGAAUCUCAGAUUGCUGUUGGCGAGCCAAUUGUCAUCUCAGAUGAGAAGGGUCAUUUCGCCUUGGCUAACGGCUAUGUUAUCUCGGUUCGAAAGCGGUCGAUCACGGUGGCCGUAGAUAGGCGUCUCCACAACGCUCGCACCAGAGAGCCAGACUUCGAUCCGGAGACCAGACAAGCUUUUGUGGGCCUUAUGGAUGUCACGGCUGGCAUGGUUGCCUCGUCGAGGAAUUACGGACGCGAUGAUGAACCGAUUAUCUACCGCCUGGACAAAGACGAGUUCAGUAACGGCAUGGCCAUGGUUCGAAACAACCUCAUUCAGCUGAUGAACGACAACGACUUCAGAUCGAUCUCUCUGCGCGCACUUGUUGUAGACGGGAAAGCUCCGACCUUUAGGCCAAGUCCAAGUGGAUACUCGAUCCAGUCGCAGUCGCAACAUAUGGUCAUGAACUCAGACCAGGAGGCUGCGGUGGACAAGAUAUUCUCCGCACAAGACUACGCUCUCGUUUUGGGCAUGCCAGGGACCGGAAAGACAACCACCAUUGCACACAUUAUUCGAUCUUUGGUGGCAAGAGGCAAGAGCGUUCUCUUGACGUCAUAUACACACACCGCUGUGGACAACAUUUUGCUCAAGAUUCGUAACGAUGGCAUUGGUAUCUUGCGGCUCGGCGCUGCAACCAAAAUCCACCCAGAAAUUCAUGAGUUUGCGACGGUGGCCGCGCACCCAUCAAACACGUUGGAAGAACUGGAACGUACUUGGAAGGAUCCUCCAGUCGUAGCGACCACUUGCCUGACCAUCAAUCACCCAAUCUUCCGCCGUCGCCUGUUCGAUUAUUGCAUAGUCGAUGAGGCAUCUCAGAUCACCCUGCCUGUAUGUCUGGGGCCCAUUCGAAUGGCCAAGCGAUUCGUUUUAGUCGGAGACCAUCACCAGCUGCCGCCGCUUGUUCAGAACAAAGAGGCUCAGGAGGGCGGACUCGACGUCAGCCUGUUCAAGCUAUUGUCAGAAAGCCAACCCGACGCAGUCGUCAGCCUGGAGCAUCAGUAUCGCAUGUGUGCAGAUAUUAUGCUGCUUUCCAAUACUCUCAUCUACGACGGCCGCCUCAAAUGUGGUAACGACUCGGUCGCCAGCCGUUCACUCAACGUACCGCAUCUCGAUGCCCUUCAGCGCUACCACACCUCUCAUACUCACCGCCGUCGCUCCAAUAACCCAUUCCUUACGCCGCUCGAUCCCGCCGUCGCUUGCACGGGCCCCGAACGAAGCAGCUGCUGGCUCGCCCACGCCAUCUCACCUUCCAACAAGGUCGUCUUUCUCGACACGGACGGCCUCUCCCCCGCCUCGCAAGAGGCUCUUUCCGGGGGCAGCCGCAUCGUCAACGAGCUCGAAUGCACGCUGACGUACCAAGUCAUCGAGUCGCUGGUCACGGCGGGCGUCGCCGCGUCGGAAAUCGGCGUCAUCACCUUCUACCGCUCGCAGCUCGCGCAGCUCCGGCACCGGCUGCGCCACCGCGCGCCGCAGCUCGAGCUGCACACGGCGGACAAGUUCCAGGGCCGCGACAAGGAGGUCGUCGUCGUGUCGUGCGUGCGCAGCAACGAGGCGAACAAGGUCGGCGACCUGCUGCGCGACUGGCGCCGCGUCAACGUCGCGGUGACGCGGGCGCGGAGCAAGCUCGUCGUCGUGGGGAGCGCGAGCACGCUGAGGGAGAGCGGCGAGGCGACGUUGAAGGGGCUGGUCGGGAUUUGCGAAGAGAGGGGGUGGGUGAGGCGGUUGUGCCCCGGCGACGUCGAGGGCCACGUCUUUGACGACUCUCCGUGCGCCUUGUCCUCCUCCUCCUCUGCGUUGGAGUGUGGCGUGGGCACGGCCUCUCAGAAACAGACGCAGACGCAGACGACGGGUGUUUCUUCCACUGCCUUCACGACGAUAGCGAGUCCGGUGAGGAGGAAACCGGGGAGUCCGAAAAGGGCGGCUGCGAGGAAGAACAGUCCGAAGAAGAUGACCGGUGGCCCAUUGAGGCAGAGGGAUGCGAACGCGGUCGUCAAACAGCCGGCCAUGGCCACGGGCAGUCCGACGAAGAAAGGGAGGGCGGCUUUGGGAGAGGGUGGUGGUGGGAAUGCUGGCCGUAGUGGUGGCGGCGGGAGGCUGAAAGUUCCGCAGAAGAGGGGCCGGGUGGGGCAGAAGAUGUUGUUGAGCAACAAGCCGGUGUUGAGGGAUAUCGUCAAUGAGGUGUUGGACGAGCAGGCAUGGGAGGAGGAGCGUGAAGGGUCAAGAUAA